AUACAAUAUGCAACACACGUAAUGGGUGUGUAGUUGGCACUUGGCAGCCAGCUUCCGCCGAAAGAGAAAUGUGGACACGUUGAUUAUCAUCUGUUUGAGGACAUGGAAAAUUAGAAUUCCUUUCCCAUUUUACCCUCCAAACCCUGCUUCUAGGGUUUUGCGUUUUCCCGACUAAACGGAGAACCACCGACAGGAUAAACAAUGUUGGGCACCGCAUUGAAUUUGUCAAGGGCAGCGACCGCCGCUGCUCGGGCCACUGGAAUGGGCCUCCUCUCUCGUACACCGUCUCUUCUAUCUCCAUCGUCAUCCAGAUUUUUUUGUGGGCCCCAAGGCUCAAAUGCAACCCCCGUCGCUCUUCAGAUGAUCGACUACGCUCUCUCUCACGCCAGGUCCCUUAAAUCUGAUGAAUCCUACGCACAAGGUCUACUGGUACUGGAGCAGUGCCUUUCGACUCACUCAAACGAGGUUGACGAUACCACUAGCCAAAAUUCAAGGGGCAUGGUCCUACUUGCCAUGUCUACCUUAUUGUCUGAGAGGGGAGCUUUUGAUGAUGCAAUUGACAAACUCCAGAUAAUUCAAGGUUUAGCAGAGUCUCAUUUGGGUGUUAGAGUUGCUUCCAUGGAAGGUCUUGUUGGACUCAAUUUACAGUUGGAGCGGGACGAUACAUCACGGGUGCUUGCAGAUAAAUGCGUUCAACUCUUGGGGAAUGACACAGCAGAUAUAGGCAAUGGAUUUGGCUCCAAGGUUCUAAAUGUUCGUGCCAAAGCACUAAAAGGGUUAGUUGAGCUUGUCCAUGGUAACCUUGAAUCUGCUGAGUCAUUCUUUCAAGGAUUACAAGAUGAAAAAGGUUGCACUGGCAAUGCGGCUCUCUCAUAUGGGGAAUUCUUGCACUCAAUGGGCAAAUUUUCGUUAGCGAAGGAGCUAUACCAAAAGGCAAUUGAAGGGAUAUCUGCAAAUAAAGAAUUUGCUGAUCCUUAUGCUUUAGCAGCUUGUAGUAUGUCUGGGAGGGAAGUUCAAUUGGCGGCUACCUGUGAUUUAGGACAGCUUGAGGGACAAUUGGGGAACUUUAGUGAAGCAGAGGAGAUACUGACAAGGGUGUUAACAAAAACAGAGGAACAUUUUGGUUCACAUCAUCCCAAUGUUGGUAUUGUCUUAACCUGCAUAGCCCUCAUGUUUCGACAUAAAGCAAUUAUGGAGCAUUCAAGUUCUCUUUUGAUUCAAGAGGGACUUUAUAGAAGGGCACUAGAUUUGCUAAAAGCCCCGUCAUUGGAGACUGAAGGUUCAAAGGCAGAUGUAGCUCAAAGGGAUAUUGUGGCCCUUGCUAGAGGUGCAUAUGCAGAAGUACUUUGUGUCCAACAGAACAGAAAGGAUGAAGGAGAGAGAAUGAAGAGCUGGGCACAGACAGCAUGGAGAAACCGCCGGCUUUCACUGGCUGAGGCUUUAGAAAUGUCUGAGCUUUGUUCAAAAGUGCCAAUUAUAGAUGCUCGAAUAAGCAGGGCCCUGUAGCUUCUCCUAGCUUCUCCUUUUUCCAAGGUUUAUAACAACAGUUAAAUAUUCCUCGGGGGAUGCAUCAUGAGGAAUCCUGCAGUGUGAUGUACUUGGCUGCCAAUAUCUCUAGAUGCAUAUACCGAGCGACAAAUAUUCCCAGGAGAUGGAGAAUGAGGAAUUGUGCUACUAGUCAUGUCCACAUAGCUAAAUAUCCGCAGAUGCAUGUACACCAGGAUCUGUUACUUGGUACACGUUUCCUUGCAAAUCAAUUGUGGACUAAAAUAAAGGAAGGUGUUCAAUCUUGCCUGUC